AUGAAUUCUGAUUUAUUCGCUUGUUAAUUUUGCAAGGAAUAUUUCUCCAUUCAAAGGGAGCCAUUCCUAUUACCUGAUUGUGGUCACAGUGUUUGUGCUGAGUGCCUAACUGUAAAAUUAAAAAAUGGAAAUUAAUUUGUAUGCAAAGAAGAUGGGUAUAUAUAUUUGAAUUAUUAGGGCAGUGUACAAGUAACAAGGAAUUAGAUGAAUGAAUUCCCAAAAAACUUUGCUUUGUUGUAGAUAAUCAAAAAUAGACCAACAAACAGAAAAAUCGUAAUGAACAAUUCUCCAAAGUAGACAGAAAUCGAAUAGGAUUCAGAUCGAUGCAAGAAACACGGCGAGAGAAUGGACGUAGUUUGUGUUGAUCAUCGUGUAAGGAUUUGUGCAAAGUGUGCAUUAUUUGGAGAUCAUGCAGAUCAUAAAGUUGUUAACUUGGAAGAUGCGUUAAAAAAGAUUAUUAGAAGAAUAGAUGAAUUGAAGGACAUGUCAGAACGACUAGACAAAGCAGCAAAUGAAACCUUUGAAAUGUCCUAGUAUUUUAACAAAAUUGAGCUGCAUUUUUAAUCUAACUUGGACAUUCAGAUCAAGUAAGUCAAUGCCUUUUUCGAUGAAUUAACCUAAAUAUUAGAUAGCAAAAGAAAUAAAAUAAUCCAAGAAUGCAGAGAGAAAAUUAUACAUUCCCAAGAACUAUACAAUAAGUAUAUAACAGAGUCAUUUAUCGAUGUUCAACGAAAAGUAGAAUUGUGGAGAAUGACUAGCAAAGAUAGAAUUCAUUACUAUGAAGAACAAUAAAAGUCUAAUUCCAUUCCAUUUGAAUUGAUUUCAAUAUCUUCAACCAACGAAUUGAUGUUGAUUGGUGCACAAUAUUUGAAGGAAUUAGAGACUACCAAAUAGUAAAUCUUACUCAAAAUCGAUGAGCCAUCCUACAGGGAGAUACAUCUGGAGAUGAAAAGUGAUUUGGAGCAAUUUAUAAAUACUCAUUUGAUUGUUUACUAAAAGGACCCCUAAUUCAGAUUAGAAAACUCAUUAUCAAGACUUGAAUCCAUAACUGAAUGCUCACUCCUUAAAGAUAUUAAUAGUUCAAUCAUUCAAGAUCCCUUGAAUCAAAAUUAAAUGGAAUUGUGGAUCAAAUAAUACCAAGAAAAUCAAUAGUACAAACAGUAAUUAAAUCAACAAUUCUAAUUGUAAUAACAGCAAUAACAACUAUAAUAACAGCAAUAUCUAUUUGUGCAACAAUAACAUUAGUAAUAGCCCUCAAAUUAGCCAUAUCAAUAGUUGUCUUAUUCGAAUCAUUAGCGAACGGAUCAACCUUUGACAUCUCAAGAGUUAGACGAUUAAUACUUGAAUAACUUGAAGAAAUCUCCUUCUGCAACCACUUUGGCUACUAGACGAACUGUGUCUCCUUCGCCAAUCAGAAGAUCGAUGAAAUAAAAGAAGAUUAAUGAGAAAUUCCAGCCUCUGAUUGUGAAACUCAAAGGGGACGGAUUGGAUCAGUGUGAUUUUAGUUAGGCUGAAUUAGGAGAUGAAGGGCUAUUGUCUCUGAUCACAAUAAUAAAAAAAACAAAGAAUCUGAGAGUAUUGAAAUUGGCAAAAAACAAGAUUUAAGAUGGAGCAGCGUAAUAAUUGUUGAUUGAAUUGAUAGAGAAGCAAAAUGAGAAUGAAUAGGAGAAUAAUCAAAUAUCAACUAUAAAUUUAUCGAGUAACAUGCUGACCGACAAAGUUGUAGACACUAUUCUUGAUUUAUGUAAGAAAUUCUCUAAAACUAUGCAGCAUUAAUCUUUGAAUCAGAUAUAUCUAAAUCAAAACAUCAUAAACCUAUCAAGAGUGAAGAGAAAAGUGGAUGAGAUAAAGAAGUACGGAUUGAUAAUAGCCAUAUGA